AUGACUCCAUAUGAAGCACUGUAUGGUAGAAGGUGUAAAACCCCUUUAUGUUGGUAUAAAGACGGUGAGGCAGUUUUGGUCAAGCCAGAAUUGUUGAAGCAAACUACAGAUAAGGUGACGAAGAUACAAGAGAGGAUGAAGGCAUCUCAGAGUCGACAAAAGUCUUAUGCGGAUGAGAGGAGGAAACCUUUGGAGUUUGUGUGGGGGAGCAUGUUGAGGAUAACUUCAACCACUGGUGUGGGAAGGGCUAUUCACUCAAGGAAAUUAUCUUUUAAGUUCAUUGGUCCAUAUCUGAUUUUGAGAAGAAUUGGACUGGUAGCUUAUGAAAUAGCUUUGCCUCCUCAUUUAACUAAUCUUCAUCCAAUUUUCCAUGUCUAUCAGUUGAGAAAGUACAUGCCUAGUUCAUCUCAUGUAUUGGAUGUUGAGAAUUUGCAAGUUAAGGAAGAUCUUUCAUUAGAGGUGUUGCCUGUUAGUGUUGUAGAUCACCAAACAACAUCGCUUAAAGGAAAAUCCAUCAGUUUAGUCAAGAUAGUCUGGGACGGGAGAACAUGUGACUCUACUUGA